GUCAUCGUCAUACUUCGCAUAAUAUGUCGAGCGUGCUUUCACCGGGGCAGAUAUGGCCGUCUUGGUCUCGAUGACUUUAUAACUUUUGUCUGCCUCAUUAUCCUCAUCGUCAGCUGCAUCUGCUCCAGUAUUGGCAUUAGUUACGGCCUGGGGCGGCGAGAAGAGACUCUGUCGCCGGAGCAGCUUGAGCAAGCCAUCAAAUGGAAUGCCAUCAUUAACUCGGUCGUCAUCUGGUCCUUUUCUCUUCCCAAGUUCGCCAUCAUUGCCAUCCUCAAACGAAUCCUCGAUUAUGGAACCAAGACGACUGUUCUCUUCUUGAGCCUGGCGCUUACCUGUCAGGCCUGCUUUCUCGCCGUCUCGAUAUGGUGGUUUGCUCAGUGCCAUCCUGUAGCCUACCAAUGGGACAAGACUAUUGAAGGAGGCUCGUGUGCGAGCGGAGAGGUCUUGACGAGCCUGGCCUUUGCGACGUCGGCUUAUUCCGCCUUUCUCGACCUCUUCUUUGCGUUUUAUCCGGUUCCCUUUAUUAUGAGGCUCAACAUGCCUCUGAAGAAUCGACUGGCUGUGUGCGCUGCUCUUGGACUCAGCGCAAUAGCAUGCGCCGUGACGAUUUACAAGCUUACAGUGUUCCAAGAGGCCUUUGAACAGAUGGCUGUGGAUCGGACAUAUUCAGUUCCAUAUCUCGACAUCUUUGGUGUCGCCGAGGGGGCCUUGCUCAUCAUCGGCGCAUCGCUACCCACACUGGGCCCAAUGUUCCGUAUACUCAAGUAUAAAGUCACCUCGUACGCAAGCAACAGCGCGUCGGGCGAUCGCAGCCAAAACCAGUCUGGGACGCUCACCAGCAGCAACUGGCGAGGCAAGCGGGGCCGCGAGUUCGACGACGAGGAGAUUGCCUCAUCGCCAGGGAUGCACGCCAGCGUCGAUGACAUCCCGCUCGUCAAGACGGCGAAGCCAGUCUCGCGAUAUCAUGAAGAUCCCUUCAAGGAUGAGCUGUCGGUCGAUAAGCCGGCCGCGUACUAA